AUGCAGUGGCUGCACAAAAUAUUGACGCUGGCAAUAAUUUGCGCAGCUGUGGAGGGGGGAGUAUGUCCGUCUUCGUGCGUGUGCACACCCACCACGCUGGUCUGCAGUGGCACGGCGGUGUCUGGAGAUAGGAUCGGCAAGGCGGACCUCGCCGGCUACGGAACCCAGCUACGACAGAUAGUAUGGACGGGAUCUAACAUCACGGCCACCGAUUACAAUCUAUUCGAGGGCUUAGAGGAUCUGGAGUAUAUAGAUUUCAGCGGGAACAAAAUAAAGAGGACGGAACACGGCCUCUUCUCGAGAUUGAUCAGGCUGACGCAUCUGAAUCUAUCGAGGAAUGAUAUAGAAGACAUACCUCGCUUCACGUUCGCCGACCUCGAGAACCUAGAAGUCUUGGACGUGUCUCAUAACAAACUCCAAGCGAUACCAUUCCAGGUCUUCGGGCCGAUGAUUAGGUUGAAGAAGUUGGAUUUAUCUUAUAAUAGGAUCGCAACUUUCUUAGAUUACUUUUUUAAGCCUAAUAGCCAACUGAAAACUCUGUUCCUAAAUAAUAAUAGUCUAGUUAAAAUUACAUCUCAUUCUCUAGUCAGCCUUAAGGAAUUGGAAACUCUCGAUCUAUCUAGCAACAAAUUAGAUAAUAUACCUAAAUCUAUAUUCGACAGCCUGGAACAGUUGAAGGAUAUCAAUCUAGGUUACAACAACUUCGAUAACAUAUCACAGGAUAUAUUUAAAAAUCUGAAUAAGUUAGAGACGCUUAAUUUAGGUGGUAAUAGACUUAAGGUGUUGCCCCCGACGCUCUUCCAAUAUAACGAAAACUUACUUACAGUCUACCUCGAACACACGGCAAUAACGGUCAUACAGAACACAAACUUUAAAGGGUUACAGAAACUGAAGCGUCUGUACGUAAGGUACAACGCCAUGUUGCGAGAAAUAGAACCUUUCGUGUUCCAAGACACGCCGGCUUUGACGCAUCUGGACAUUACUGCCAACGCUCUGACAUACCUGCCGCUGUCACUGCAGAUGUUAGAGAACUUACAGGAGUUGAGUAUAGGGAACAACUCGUGGGCCUGCGACUGUAGGAUGGCUUGGUUCGUUAGCUGGAUAGAAAAGAGAAAACACAUCGUCAAGUCGGAUCUGAGUUGUCGCUGGGCCUACAGGGACGAUAUGCUGAGGUAUUUGAACAGCACCAACUGUAAACCGCCGCAGUUGAUCAAGAGCAGUCCGCUUACAUUACACAGGCUUCAAACAGACGCACUGCUGGAAUGCAAGUUCGCUGGCAAUCCAGCUCCAUCGAUCACUUGGAUAACGCCCACGAGGAACGUGUUCCAUUGGAAUCCAGACUCAUCCCCGCCGGAUAUAUUCCAAAAACAUGGAAUAGCGCACGAUCAGUAUUACCGGCCCUUAGAUUACACUAACUCGAGAGUCAAAAUCCGCGACGACGGUUCCCUAUUCAUAGCGGACAUCCACCGUGAAGACAGCGGCACCUACCUAUGCCUCGCCUCAAACCCCUCGGCUAACGCAACCGCCGAAGUCGUCCUCAACAUAGAUCCAAUGACCAUGUUAGAAAUCAAAAUCUAUAGCUUGCUAUUCGGAGCGUUGUGUGCAGUGAGUUUCUUGGGUCUCACUUUGCUAGUGCAGGCUCUGCGAUAUAUAUUCUAUAGAUACCGUCUGCUAGAGACCUGCUGUAGUUGUUGUACUUGUGUGAACCGUGACGCGCCGCGGACCAGACAGAUAUAUCACAUGUUGGACAACAUCGAACAAUAUAAGAGACAACAAUUGGAAAAACUAAGAGAAAACUACGCCGUUCAGGUGCAUCGAAUCAAAGAGAACUGCACUCAGCAGAUGGAGUGGAUUCAGAGUAGCUACUCGACACAAGCGGCUCACUUGAGAAACAUCAGAGAUAUAGGAACAAACCAUUUGACGUCUAUGAAAGACCAGUACUACGAUCAGGUGAAACGCGUCCGCGAGUACUCGACGUGCCAACUGAACUGGGUGAGAGAGAACUACGUGUUCCAGAGGAACAAGAUACGCAAGUUCAGCGCUCACCAGAUACUGAGGCUGCGGGAGUCUUACAAGUACCAGCAGCAAACUCUCAACAAGGUGCUCGAGAACCUGCCCAGCUUGUACUUCGAGAACUGCAGGAGCGGUUCGUGCGGGCGGAGCGACUCCAUGGCCUUCGACCCCGACGUUGAGGUCAUUGACAUGUACCUCAAGACUAAGAUAGAGAAGUUAGCGCGUUUGCCGCAUUUUGAUGAUGAGAGCAAGGUGUCUGUGUACUAUACGCCUACCGAGCGCUCGCUGGAGUCUCGUCGAGGCUCGCUGGCGAAUGAACCCGAGGCCGUUCAUAUCAACAUGAUCGAAAAGCCGCCGCCGCGACUAUUAGCUGCCGUCAAGCCUCUACAACUGCCUGCUCCCGAGCUUGAAUUAGAACACAAGCCAUGUAGUUCCCCGCUGCUAGGCCGAGCGCGCCUUGCAGCCAGUCUGAGCUCGCCCGAGCUGCGUGCAGGCGGCCGCGUGCUACUAGCCGUUGAGCUCGAGCCGUGCCGCAACGAACCCUCUUAG